AUGAGCGCAGCCACAGCUGCGGCGGUGUCGUGCGUUGAGUGCCAAAGGCGAAAGCAAAAGGUAAAGUCUGGUGAAAGCACCCUCGCAACGGCCCGCGCUGCAUUAGAGUCGGAUCGUUGGAUCUUCCCCUGCAAUCAUUGCCUGAAGCGAGGAGUCUCGCACCUCUGCCGCUUUGUAUCCAAAGGGGUCGGUUCCAAGUCAAGCAAAGAGGAUACUGUUCUCAACGACAACCAGCUAAGAACAUCGAAGAAGCGGAGUUUAGACAGCCCAGACUACGGUGAGGUUUUUGACGGAGACGCAGACUUUGACAAUCAACACUCUGCGGCUGAAGUCAGCGAUGCUCUGAAUGCCCUCGGCUACAUGCCUCAUGACCAUCAUCUGGUCCUUGGCAAUGGAAGCGGCCCCAAACCAGGUAAGGAUGUUGUCGAGGAUGAAGCUGAGCCGUCCGAAGAACUCAAGGCUGCCCUUGAGUCCAUGCCUGCAAAGCCCUACACCGAUUGCCUUGUCGACAAUUGGCUCAACGGUGCCAACCACCACUACUAUGCCCUCUACCCGUCCGAGUUCCGAACCCAAUAUGAUGGCUGGUGGGCAACUCCGCCGAACAAGGUCUCGCCAGAGCUUACCAGCUUGAUUCUGCGUGUUUGUGCAUGCUCGCUGCAUUUCAUCAUCGAUGAUAGUGUCAAAGAAAGGCUCGAAACCGAACUGAAGGCCGACGCCGUGACAUUCGCCCAACGCAUGCACAACGCGGCCGACAAGCUCAGCACAAGCAUAGCGCCAGGAAAGGGUGGUCUGAUUCACGUCCAGCAGCUCUUUUUGACAGCGUUCUGGUACAAGUCGGCAGAGAAGUGGACUGAAGCAUGGCACGCCCUGAGCAGAGCGAUUCGUGCUGCCAACGAGAUUGGUAAUCUUCCCCUCGGCUGA